AUUCCUCCAUUCCCAUUCUAUCACAUUCAUUCCUGUGCUUCCCACUGCCCCAGCUUGGUCUACCAUGGCUCCUCUUUGGUUCUACUCUUUCAUCAUGCUCUGCAUCUUUUCAAUCUCCGCUCUUCCUCACUCUCUCAAUAUCUCUCAACAGAAACGAUUGCUCCUGCAAUUCAAAACGGCUAUUUCCAACAACAACAGCUCUUCACUGCCAGAUUGGACUCCCCUUCACCCCCUCUGUAAUUGGUCUGCCGUUACCUGCGAUCCCUCUUUCCACUCCGUCGUCGCCCUCAACUUAUCCGCCAUGAACUUACACGGCACCAUCUCUCCUCUGCUCGGGAAUCUCUCCUCCCUUCAAUCCCUCGAUCUCUCCAACAAUACCCUCACUUCUACCAUUCCACCUCAACUCGCCCAACUCACCCAUCUGCAGGUACUCUUGCUACACCGCAAUCAAUUGCAAGGAACCAUUCCGCCCACUCUCUCCGCUUGCCACAGUUUGUAUGAUCUGGCACUCUCCUAUAACCAACUGCAUGGCAGCAUUCCGCCUGAGCUGAGUCUCCUUACGAGAUUGAAGUUCCUCUACUUAGGACAAAACAGUCUCACAGGUGUCAUUCCCCCUUCUUUCAAAAACCUAUCGACUUUAGUUUAUUUGCAUUUGGGAUAUAAUGAUCUCUACGGCCUCAUUCCUUCUGAAUUGGGAGCCCUGUCUCAACUACAGAGCCUAUCCCUCAGUAAGAAUCAGUUGUCAGGUCCCAUUCCCCCUGAAUUGGGCAUGCUUACUCACCUGCAGAAACUUUACCUUUAUACAAAUAACUUAUCAGGCACCAUUCCCAGCUCUUUAGGAAACCUGUCUUCCUUGACCGAAUUAGAAUUGGAAGAAAAUGAUCUUCAUGGCCCCAUUCCCCCUGAAUUGGGCAUGCUCACUCACCUGCAGAUACUUUACCUUUAUACAGAUAACUUAUCAGGCACCAUUCCCAGCUCUUUAGCAAAACUCUCGAAACUGAUAGGAUUAGAUCUAUCUGAAAACCAGCUCAGUGGACAUAUUCCACGGGAAAUUGGUACCAAGCUCUCCAAUUUGCAAUAUCUCAAUUUAUGGGGAAACCAGCUCAGUGGACAUAUUCCACGGGAAAUUGGUACCAAGCUCUCCAAUUUGCAAUAUCUCAGUUUAUGGGGAAACCAGCUUAGUGGAAAAAUACCAAACUCCCUUGGAAAUUGUUCCAACCUCACAGAGCUUCUUUUAGCUGAAAACCAGCUCAGUGGAAUGGUGCCAAUGGAGCUGGGCAAGUUGAACCUCCUUACCACCCUUGAGCUACAGACCAAUCAACUUGUUAGUGACAGCAGUAACACAUUGUCUUUUCUAACUUCUCUUACAAAUUGCUCCCACUUGCAAGAAAUAUCAGUGUGGGAUAAUCGUCUCACUGGUAUAUUGCCCCCAUCCAUAGGCCAACUGUCUCCCCAUCUCUAUUUAUUGGAUUUAUCAUACAACAUGAUAAGCGGAAGCAUAACACAACAGAUUGUCAAUCUAACAAACUUAACAUACUUGAGUUUAAGCGGUAAUCUUUUCAGUGGCAAUAUUCCAUCUGGAAUUAAAAGAUUCCAGAAGUUGGAAAGAUUGUGGUUGGGUGGGAACAAAUUAGAAGGAAGCAUUCCAAGUGAUAUAGGUCAAAUGCAACAUCUCGGACUCCUAAAUCUUAGUCACAACCGGCUAUCUGGAAAAAUGCCUGAUUCUCUUUGUAGCCCCCAACAGCUAAGACGACUUUUGCUUCAGCACAACAACUUGUCAGGGGAGAUCCCUGUUAGUUUAGCAGGAUGUCAGAAGUUGGAGCUCAUUGACUUAUCUUACAAUAAAUUAGUGGGAAGGAUACCUCCUGAUGUUAUUGCCAACCUUAAAAAUCUGGUAUUCUAUCUCAAUUUUUCAUGGAAUUCUCUGCAAGGGCCCUUGCCACAGGAGAUCAGUAAAAUUGCAAUGGCUCAAGCCAUAGACAUCUCUGGAAAUCGACUUACUGGGGUGAUUCCAAAUUCUCUAGGAGACUGCACAGAAUUAGAACAUCUAAAUCUGUCCCACAAUGCCUUUGAAGGUCCAAUACCAGCUUCACUCUCCAAAUUAAAAAAUCUCGAAGAAAUGGAUCUUUCUUUCAAUAAUUUGUCAGGGCAGAUUCCAGAAGGAGGGUUGUUUCCAAAUAGAACAGUUAUAACAUUGUUUAUGAGAAACCCUGGCCUAUGUGGCCCAACGAAUUAUUCAUUGCCUCCAUGCCCAAAGCAGACUCUAGAAAAGCAUUCACUGCUUAAAAAAAUAGUCUUAUCAGUUGUUGGAACAUUUGCAUUUAUAUUGUGUUCCUACAUCUUAGGAAUUCUAUGGACACAAAUACUUUCAAGCCAACCAUUCCAUCCCUCAAACUUCAUUUUUCAAAGGCUUAUCUAUCAAAAAAUUUCUUAUCAGGAGCUUGUUAUUGCAACAGCCGAAUUUGAUGAGUCAAACUUGCUUGGAGUGGGUAACUUUGGGUCAGUCUACAAAGGCAUUUUGAGGGAUGGUAAGAUAGUUGCAAUCAAGGCUCUUAAUUUGCAGAAUGAAGAAGCUCAUAAGAGCUUUAUUACAGAAUGCAAAGUGUUAGGGAGGAUCCGGCACCGUAACCUGAUCAAAAUCAUAAGUGCAUUUUCCUACCCUGGCUUCAAAGGUUUGGUUCUUCAAUUUGCAUCAAAUGGGAGCUUGGAGAAACAUUUGCACCCUGGCAGAGAUAAUCAGGAAUUUAGUAAAUUGGAAUUCGAGGACUGUUUAAGCAUUGCUAUGGAUGUUGCCCAUGGCAUGGAAUACUUACAUCAUGAUUGUCCUUUGCAAAUUGUACACUGUGAUUUAAAAACUAGCAAUGUGCUCCUGGACGACAACAUGACAGCCCUUGUGACUGAUUUUGGUAUAUCCCGCUUAACUUCUACUCCGAACUCCAUAGAUUCAUUUAGUGCAACAACAUUUACACUCAAAGGAUCUAUUGGCUAUAUUGCUCCAGAGUAUGGUCUCCGGGGGAGUGUUUCCACAAAGGGAGAUGUUUACAGUUAUGGAAUUCUGAUACUAGAGAUGGUUACAAGGAAGAGGCCAAGUGAUGACAUAUUUGCGGGAGACCUGAACUUGCACAAGUGGGUAAGGUCAGCUUUUCCAGACAGACUGGCAGACAUUGUUGAUUGUGGGCUAUUGAGAGAUGUGAAUGAAAACUUGCAAGACAAUAGAUGUCUUGUUUCUUUCAUUCAUGUUGGUUUGCUUUGUAGCAGUGAAUCGCCAAGAGAACGACCUUCCAUGAAAGAUGUAGCCAGGUUCUUGGAGAGUCUCAAGACAUCUUCCAUGGACGGUGCAGUUGCUUCAAAUUUAACAUCUACGAUAUCAGACCUCCUGCACAAUACCAAUCGCGCAGAAAUAUUGGCAUCUGACAGUCAAAGUUCUACAUUUUAGAUAUUUAUAAGUUCCAUAUGUAAGUUUUUGCCAUUCAUGUUUGCUAGUUUCAAGUUUGUUUCUUUUAAUGUAAAAUCCUCCUUAGAUUAAAUUCUAGUUCUUUGAGUCCAUAAGGUGUUCCGAUUCAUGUAUAUGCAUUAUACUAGUUUGGGAGUGGAUAAUGUUGUCUAUAAAUAGUUUCUGAAAUACCGCAAAACGUGUAAUAUAUUGUUGUAUUUAAAACACUUUCUCUCAUAAUAGGCUAC